AUUUGCAUGCCCUGGCUUGUGAAAGAGGUAGAGUGGGGAAGUUGAAGGAAAAAAGGGUUAGGAACAGUGAAUAGAAUCUGCGAUUGAAAGGAAAAUAACGCUUUCCAUUAAAACCUUUCCCUUCAAACUCACACAGAUUGGAACAACGGUGUUCCUUUCUUUCUAUUCGCCGACUCCUCUCGAGGAGGAUUAAGAUUAUUUUAUCUUGUGUGGUAAUUAGGUUAAUCUGUUUGUUUUCUCUGUGUUUGGGGAACCCAGGGGCAGAGCUGUGUCAGAGUAGAGCAUGUACAGUAUGAACACUAUCUGCAACGCUGGGUACUGCCAAAUAUCGUUGAUGUCAUGGUCUUCACCGAUGCUGCACAGUUUCUUUAAAACUACAUAGGCUCAAGGUCUAGGGUUUGAUUUACUGCUGCAUCUGAGCCUUUUAUACUUUAGUCUUUGUAUAGACAUUGAUCUUGUAGAAGUAGAUAGAAAUGGAAGGAAAAACUGCAAAGGCAUUGGAUAGAGUUGCAAUCCACAUGAAGCGGAAGCGGGCUACCCGAUAUGAUUCACAUCGUAACGGGGCUUCUCUGCCACUGUUACGUCAGUGGUCAUCAUGCAAGGUUGCCAAACGGAUGAGAUUGGGCCAACAUCAAAGCAAGUUGACAAACGGUGGAACUCAUAUUGGACGGUUCUUACGUGGGUAUUAUUUGAACUAUAAGAAGACUGGACGGCCCGAACGUUUGAUGUUCUAUAAGAAUGGUGACUGGUUGGACUUUCCUAAGGAUGUUCUUGACUUGGUUAAGAAAGAUCUUGAGGUCAAGAAGGCAACAGUGGAGGUACAGUCAAAUGGCCGUCAUCUUGUGCUAGAUUUUUUGCACAUGUAUCAGAUGGACUUGAAGACUGGUUUGCAACAACCUCUAGCCUGGAUUGAUGAACAUGGAUGCUGCUUUUUCCCUGAAAUCUUUGCGGCUUCGGAUGAACUUUAUGAUAUUUCCAAACAGGAGGGUGUAACUAGUACUGUCGCAAAUGAAAUAAAACUUAAGUUGGAAUUAGCUAUAAAUGAAUUGGAUGGCUCCAAAAUGUUGGAGUGUAGUGGAGAAUCUAAUGCUUUGGUUAAGAGCAUUCAGAUUGAUGCCACUGAAAAAAAUGAUGUAGAAAUUGAAGAUAGCAUUAAUAAUAUGGACUGUCAAAAUGUUGGUGAAGCCAUUGAACAAAAUCGGGACUUAGGAUUAGGUGAUUAUACUGAUUCUGUAUAUGGAAAGUUGGAUUUAGAUACUGUACAGACGAUGUUUCUUAAAGGGAUGGUUAGUUCUGGUAAUGAUACUGGCAUAGUUGAGAUUUAUCGCUGCUCGAGUGCAACAACACAAGUGCGAUUGGAGCUAUUCCAGAAGCAAGCUGAAAUUACGAAGAAAGCUCAUGGGGAUGCUAAUGUUCGAUAUGCUUGGCUUGCUCUUUCAAAAAAUGAACUAUCUACAAUGAUGCAGUAUGGACUUGGCCAUUGUGGACUAUCUUUAUCUAAAUGCAAAUAUGCUGUUGGUGUCCAUCUUGCUGCUGCUACGUGCCCUUAUGCAAGUGCACGUUAUUGCGAUGUUGACGAAAAUGGGAAUAGCCACUUGGUCUUGUGCCGUGUAAUAAUGGGAAACAUGGAGCUUCUUCCUGCGGGUGGUCGACAGUUCCGUGCCAGUAGUAGUGAAUAUGAUAAUGGGGUUGAUGACAUUCUACAUCCAACAUACUAUAUUGUAUGGAAUAUGAAUAUGAACUCCCACAUCUACCCAGAAUUCGUUGUUAGUUUCAAGGUGGCUACAAAUAUUCAAGGCAACCAUGGUAACCCUGGGGUUAAUGUAGGUGCAGUUGGUCAAUGUGACCCUUCACAACCAGAGUCUUCUACAGUAGAUAAUGGAAAAGCUGUGCCUGCUGCUCGCCUAGUUCCGAAAUCCCCAUGGAUGCCUUUUCCAGCCCUUUUUGCUGCUAUCAAAAGCUCAGUGCCUCCCAGCACCAUGGAUGCCAUCAAAGGAGAUUAUGAACGAUUCCAGAAAAAGCAAAUAUCCCGUGAUGUUUUUAUUCAGAGGUUGAGGUUCAUAGUUGGAGAUAAUCUCUUGAGAACUACAGUACAAAAACUUCAAUACAAGAUACCGCGGAGUGGUGAAUCGAAGGUACCAGCCAAGGAGUAACCAUGAUAUGCUUGAAUGAGGAAGUGGAGAUCUUUGUAGUUUGGUUUGACUCUUCAACUUUUGAGUCAGAAUAAAGUUCUGAAUGUUAGGUCGUAGGCAAAGCACACUCAUCUUCUUUUGUUCUCAUUUUCAUUCAGACCUUACUUCGUAGAAGAUACUAGUACUUUAGAUGAUUGGGAUCGACUGUGUUCAUAUGUAACCUUAAGUUAUUAUUUUCUACCGUGCUUUGAAUAAUUUACCGUUUACCGUUUCAAAAUGAAUCCUCGCGUAGUACUUUUGUAAAUUGAACUCUUUGUGGAAGUAAUGGAUAGUUUGGAGCAUUUCUUUGUGAUUUACCA